GUUCUCUAUCCCACUCCCUAUCCUGAAAGUAUAAAAAGUGCCCCAUUAUUUUUCGUAUGCCCGUUUUGUAUGAAGCCGAUCAGUGAGGAACAUUCUUUUUUUGUGCAUCAGGAUCAUUGCCCUCGUAUCACACCUCCUGGCCGAGAGAUCUAUCGCGAUGAUUCUGCAUCGCUUUCACUUUUUGAAGUCGACGGAGCAGAGGAACGAACGUUCUGUCGGAAUCUAUGCCUCUUCGCCAUGCAGUUUCUGUCUUGGAAGACGAGGUAUAAUGAGAUUGCUACAUUUUUGUUCUAUGUGCUGACAAGGAAUGACGAGGAUGGUUGCAGAAUAGUUGGUUACUUUUCGAAGCACUCAAAAGUGUUUAUGACAGGAGAAGAAUCCAAGCAAAAAUUACAACUUAUCCUGCUUACUCACAAUGCCCAACGAGCAGAGGAAUGGUUAUGGACAAUUGCUUAUCGAUAUGAGUGA